CAUUUUGUUGCAAAUCAGACAGAGUCGAGAAGGAAGUCACAGUAAAACCAUUCUUUACACCGUGUUUUACUAACUUGUAGAUAUAUAAUUUCUACAUUCUCCAUCCAGAGAUUUCAGACGUCAAUUCGACAAUUUCUGACGAAGGGCUUUAACCAUCUAAGCCUGAGGAAGUCGCUACAUCGGCUUCUUUGAGCAUAUUCGUGUGUCGAGGUGAAUUGAUGUUCAGCUCGGCUUCACUGGAAAACAACGCUCAUUGGCACAUGAAAACCUCAGAUCUUGCUGGACUUAAAAGUGCAGCGAGAAGUAGAUCGAAGACUACUUUAAGGACCUGGAGCCCGAUUGGAGAGGAGAAAUUAAGGAACCACCUCUGCACAUUCAACAUUCUAAUCACAAAGAGGUGACACCUAGUGUGAGCAGUACAGUAUGGGAGGUGGAGAGAGGUACAACAUUCCAGUGUCCCACCCAGAGCGCCAACUGCCCAAGAAGAACCACCAACUGGGCCGGGCCAAGCAGAGGGUUGUCCGUGAUCAGAAUGGUAUGACGACAGUAGCCUCCUCCGGGGCGGCAGGGGGUCCUCACCACCAUGGCCAUCGCAAGGGUGCGGCCUACCCCUGGUUUCCAGAGGCGCGGCUGGCCGUGUCGACGGAGAUGAAAAACGCUUCUGUCCGUUUUGCCACCAACUAUGAUCAGAAUUGGGAGGGCGCCGUGUCCCACCUGAACACACUUCUGGCCGCCCAGUGUGGGGGCCCAAGCUACGCAGGGGCCAAGUUCAGUGAGCCCCCCUCCCCAAGUGUGCUGCCCAAGCCCCCCAGCCAUUGGGUCCCUUUGGGUACCCGUGACAACAGGGAGAUGAUGACCUUCCAGCUUAAGAGCCUCCUCAAAGUGCAGGCCUGAAGCUGGACUCCCAUAGCCUGACCUUUCAAAGCCAACGUGUGAACUAAGGCCCCUCUGAGGGUUCCCUCCUUCCUGGAACGCCCCGGCGCUGUAAUAUACUUUUUGCUAUUUUUAGAUUUAAAUUGAUGGGUGGGAGGCAUGUUACAGGGAGAUGUCUCUGCAAAUGUUUGCCAUCCCUUGUUUGUAUUUUAAGAGGAACGGCAGAUAUUACAGCGUUGCAGCCUUGUCGGUGGGGGAGAACGCUCUCAUUGGCGUCGGUUUCUGCAACUAACGAUGAACUGGAUAUCCUUCAUACUUUGUGCUGUUUUUGUUUUGUUCUUUUUGUUUUGGCCGUUAUAGCAAGUCAGUGGGCGUCUCUUCCCAAACUUUAGGGUUGGAUUCUGUUAGUCUACAAAUCUCAUUUACUGUCCCUUUUUAUGGACAGACAAUCUUUACUUGGGCGCUUUAAGUUCUGUUCAUCGUUAAGGAGUUCACCCCUGACAAACCGGUGCUGCCUGAAGCACAAUCUACAAUUGUAGCAUUUUUUUAGUUGACUUAGGACCCAGACUUUUGCCCCCCUUGUUUUACGGGGAACAUAAAACAGAGCCACUUUGACGACGUUCUGCAGGGAAAUCAGAGCUAUCUUAAAAUAGGGAAUAAGCUGUAGUAGGGAGCACAGGUCACAAGUAGAACCUCAAACAGAAGUGUAAUAUGAGGCCAUGGCACCCGGGCCUUGGACUUUGAACUCCUGUACUUUUUUUAUGGCGCUGUGCGCACUGCACUAUGGGAGUUAAACUGGUCCAAGGCCCGAAGCUCUACCAUAGCAUUAUUUUGUAAGUCCAUUUGUGUUGUAGUUGAUCAAACAAUGUGUGAGUCAGUUGUGUGUUAACCAAAGCAAUGUCUUUAGCUGUAAUGUUCUCGCCAUCUCGCUUGCCUGUCCCGACGAGGUUAGCAGUGCCAUAUCAGCCACGUUGGCUUAAGCGGCGUGGGGAAUUUGCUCCUCUGGGUCUCUACUUUUAAAUGCAAUCAGUACUGUUAUAAGCCAGUUUCUCUUCCCUACUGAAACCCCACACGGCAAACAACGCGGAAGAGGGCCAGAUUCCCCAGGGACGUGGGACUCUUAACGGCUCCACGUGACCUCUAGCUCACACGUCAUGGCUCUUGUUUGCCGCGUGGCGGGUUUCAAUGUCGACCGUGUGGCGUGGCACAGAGGACGCAGGGCCAGUGUUUACAUUUAAAAAUGGGUCUCACGCGUCGGCAUCCAGAAGCAAUCUCCAGACACUCACUGCCUCCUGCACCCUGCUAUCUUCUUGCAGUGCAAUCAAAAUAGUUCUCAUAAGUUACAGGCUGAGAUGCUCUUAUCAGUGGGUGCAGAAUGGACUGUCUCUCUCCCUAGGUUCUGAUUUUCAAGGCAAACCUUGGUCAAGGCUGCCAUGUAUCUCUUUAUUUUGUUUCCUUUGCAGAAUUGGAACUGUAAUGGCCAUCUUAGAGACCGCAAAACAGAGCUCACAAGUGUGGAAUAUGUUAAAAGAGCCAUGUAAAUAACAAAUGUAUAAAAAUACUUGUAGCAUAUGUACAUUUUGCAGGGCGACUUUUAAAACCUGCUUGAUAAAGUAUUUUUAGUAAUAACACUGAAUGUAUAAGUCAUGCUAAGGACAUGUCUUGACUUCAAAUGCUGAAGAAUAUUUUUGUUAAAAAAAAAUCUGCCUAUUGCAUUUGUCAAUACCCCUGCACUGUGUUAUAUUGCCAGUGAUCUUGCACAUAAUGUUUUUAUUGUUUUGUAUUAUGCACAGUGUAGGGUAAAGAUGCUUUAAGUGCAAAGAAAAACCUAAAAUUGACAUUUGACCCUUGAGGAGACUUAAUGUAUGAACUGUUUAAACUUUUCUUUUUGUAAUUUUCUUUUUAGGUUUGCUAAUGCUUGUGACUUCUGUUUCUUUUUUAAAAUCUAUUUACCAAGACAUCCAGUUGUGUGCUGAUUUCCCAGACUGAUUAAACUCAUUGCUUAAAAAUUUAAAAUACAGUAGAGAUUAUCGCCGGAAAUCCUGUAUUUAGUCCAGAACUGUUUUAUCUGGGUCUGGGAAACUAGCUCUGAAUUUCAGUUUGUCACCUUGACUGUGCUUACAUAUAACCCAACAUUUGAAAGAAGUUGUUGAAUCAACCGAUUUUGUUUUGAUAAGGUAGUCUUGUUUUAAAACCACCUUCAAUUAUCUGCUGUUCUUCCGCCAGCAGAUAGUUGAACAUGGCCCUGUUACUCUAUCAGCUCUUAUUUUAUGUACUUUUGUUUUAACAACCCCCCCAAACAAAUGUAUUUUCUUUUUGGUCCUGUUUUAACCAUUUCAUACAUGUCUCUUCAUCCUAAAUUUGAAACACAGGUUUCUACAAAUUGGCUGUUAAUUGCUCCCAAAUGUGUAAUGUCACCAUUGAAUAUGAAAUAUGCCCAUGUCCAGAUUUGAUUAUUGAAUUAGAUUGAAAACAAACUCAAGCACUGCUUUAAUUAGAGGAGAACAAAAAGAAAAAACCAAAUAAAAUCCUUUCCCUUUCCCCCCCCUA